GUUGAAAAGCCUGGCGCAGCAUGGGCCACCUCUACCUUAUCACAAGUGCAUGCACUGCGAAUGUAUAUCUGAAACGAUCUGAGAUAGGUUGCACCGCUUGGUGAACAUCAGCAUGUGAGUACCUUUAUGGUCCAUGGGACGUAUGACCGUCAUUUCUGUGUUACGGUGAGCCUUUUACAUAACACGCAGUACUGUUCCUUUCCAGUCUUCUAUGACCAUCAUGAUCAUAUCGAACAGUGGUCUUCCAGCAGCUCAUUCACAGUAUCGCCUUUUCCUUUGCCGUCCUCCUUCAGAAAUUAGAUGGUCGAUCACGCCAUCAUAUUGUGUCGUGCAAAAUGACAUGUACCUGCCCACCGCGGGGAUAUUUAGAGCUGAACCAUUUGCAAGACCAUUUGCACAUCGUGUCAAGAGGGGAUCAAAGCCAAAUAUCGUCCUGAUGGGAUCCCGGUUGCCACAUAGCCCUAAGUCCGAAGGUAACGAACCAGAACUUGCUGGGAAUGUUGCCGGCAUGUUUUCCAUUCACAAAAAGCGCCUUGCGAUGUUUCUCACUUCGUCUCUUCUCUUGCUAUGUGAUGUUUCAAUCAUAGACAACGAGUCUCGAGACGGCACUCUCUCACGGAGUGGCAGUUGCGUGCACUACGCUGAGGUUGUCACAUCAGUACUAUGUCGCGCGAUUGUGGUGGGAAGACAUGUGGGCAGCACUAUCCCUGGCUUUCGAUUUAAUCUGCUUUAUCAUGCGACUUCUCGAGAUUGUAGGUGCAGCGGUCAACCGCGUAUCUUGGCUCGUAUCCAUAGCCGUUCCGAUAAGUCGUUACCCGUCGUUCAAGUUCGUACUUCUUGUACUCACGUCUUGCAAGGUUUGCGAGAGCCAGCAUCCUAUGCUCCUGAAAGUGCCCUCAGUUACGUCGUUUAUGGCACAGCAUUCCCAAUUUUGUUGCGAUAACAUAAUUCAAAUUACGGACGUAUUUUCAGAUGAAAUGCUAGAUACCCUGCUCCUUCUGAUAUCGCAUCGCAUCUAGCUACCUGAGAGCCGAAAUAUACUAGUCUUGCUAUCAUUCUCCGCAGCUAUUUUCAACGUCAGCGCUGUGACUACUAU